AUGAGAGCCGGCUGGCUCAGAAGCGUCCUAGUGUCCACCUCGGUGGCCUUAACGUUGCUCUACGUGGGGUCCAUUUUUCAGAAGACCAACUACAAGACCACUCAAGAUCAGGGGAUGAUCAACAGGCUGGAAAAUAUGGAGGUCAAAAUUGAGAAGCUGCUCAGUGCAGUAAACAAGCUGGAGCCGAAACCGGUGGCGACACUGACAACAGUCGAGGUAGAAAAGGACCACCAGAAGGAGAAGGCGACGGUAAAGAAGCUGUUUCCCGACUCGGCCUUGUUCAAAAAGUGGGGCGACGGUUUGAGCGAGGAGGAGCAGAGGGAGGCCGAGAACUUGUUCGCCAAGUACGGCUACAAUGCCUUCCUCAGUGACAGGCUGCCACUCAACAGGGAGAUUCCGGAUACGCGGGACGCCAGAUGCUCAAAGAAAAAGUACCCUGCUAAUCUCCCUAGCCUGAGCGUGGUGUUGAUCUACCUGGAUGAAGCUUUAUCCAUCAUCAAGCGGGCCAUCCGUAGCAUCAUCGACAAGACCCCUGGGGACCUUCUCAGAGAGAUCAUUCUGGUGGACGACCACAGCUCAAACGAGGACCUGAAGGAGAUGCUGGACGACUACAUAAGAGUCAUCCACAAGGAGCGUCCGGGCUUGCUGAAGCGGGUCGUACACAAGGAGCAGCUAGGCCUCACCCGAGCUAGACUUUCCGGUUGGGAGGUCGCCACGGGUGACGUGGUGGCCAUCCUGGACGCCCAUAUUGAAGUCCAUGUGCAAUGGGCAGAGCCACUGCUUGCCCGCAUCAAGGAGGACCGCACAAUCAUCCUGACGCCCGUCUUCGAUCGGGUCGCUUACGACGACCUGACCGUGGAACGCUACAACCCGGCGGCCCACGCCUUUGACUGGGCCCUGUGGUGCAUGUACGAGUCUUUCAGGCCUGAGUGGUAUAAGCUAAAGGACGAGUCGCUGCCUGCUAAGAGCCCAUCCGUCAUGGGGAUCCUAGUGGCAGACCGCAAGUUCUUUGGCGAGAUCGGCAGCCUCGAUGGCGGAAUGAGGAUAUACGGAGGCGAGAAUGUCGAGCUGGGCAUCCGGGUGUGGCUUUGCGGCGGGAGCGUGGAGGUCAUCCCCUGCUCUAAGAUUGCCCACAUUGAGCGCAGCAGAAAGCCGUACCUGCCCGACCUCAGCGUCACCAUGAAGCGAAACGCGCUGCGCGUGGCCGAAGUGUGGAUGGAUGAGUUCAAGCUUAACGUCCGGAUCGCCUGGAACCUUCCCUUGAAUCACAGCUUGGACAUCGGCGACGUGUCCGAACGGAAGGCCUUGAGGGAGCGGCUCAAGUGUAAGCCCUUCAAGUGGUACCUGGAUAACGUUUACCCCAUGUUGGACCCUCUAACCGAACUGGUUGCCUACGGAGCGUUAAUCAACCAGCUGAAGCCAGAUAUGUGCAUCGACCAGGGUCCAGUUCCGGGCAGCACGCCCAUUCUCUACCCGUGCCACUACUACGGUCCUCAGCGCUGCUAUUACCGCAACGACGGGCAGCUUUACAUCGGCGGCAUCAAGUCCCACAAGUAUAACAGCAACCGCUGCCUAGUGGACCCAGACACCGGCCCCUACCCGGCGCUUUACGAGUGCAAGUUGGCCGAGCAAAAGAUGUUCCACAUGUUGUGGGACUUUAUGCAGGGAUCGUCGAUCCAGAACCGGCAGACGAAGCGCUGCCUGGAAGUCGCCGUGGAUAACGAGGGCAACUACCAGCUCAUCGUGCAACGCUGUACCGGACAGAAAUGGACUAUACAGAAUUACAUCACGGAAAGAGUGCUUUGA